AACUUCCAACUCUCUCUUAUAAUUUAAGCAAGUCAAAUUAUCAUGGCUAACCCUCUGGCUCUUCGACUGGCUGGUUUGGUUCUGCUGUGCAUGGUGGUGGGUGCGCCCAUUGCCCAAGCUGCCAUCACUUGUGGUCAAGUGUCAACCAGCCUCGGGCCAUGCAUAAACUACGUCAAAACUGGCGGGGCUCUACCCCCGGCUUGCUGCGCCGGGAUCAAAGCACUUCGAGCGGCGGCCAAGACCACAGCUGACACCCAGGCGGCCUGCAAGUGCAUUAAAAGCGCUGUAUCAGCCAUCUCCGGCAUCAACUACGGUAUUGCAGCUGGGCUUCCCGGCAAGUGCGGUGUCAGCAUCCCUUACAAGAUCAGCCCAUCAACUGACUGCAGCACCGUUAAGUACUGAGUUCGUGAAGAGAAGCAAUACUUCUCAGAAGCAAAAUAUAUUAUAUG